AUGUCUCUCACAUGGCACAUUGCCCCUCGGGGCUUGGAGGCCGUCCAUGGGAUGUUAGGAGCCCCAGAGCAAAGCCAACCUGAUGAUGGAGAGGCACCACAAGUGGCUCCUGUUGCUGCCCUGGUGUUCUUUCUCAGUGCUUUCGCCGUUAUCCUCGUUAUGUUCACGAUCGUCUACACCUACGGCCACAUUCUCCCAACCCUGUGCAUGAUCGAAUCCCCCGAGACCGAAGCCUACGUCCCCGUCGAUAUUAUCGAGCCGACCAGUCCUCCCGCCUAUUCUGAAACCCCGACUCCCAAAACCACCGACGAGGAAGAUGGUGGUGACCUUCUUUUGGUCCGUAACAAACCCGUGACGGCAUCCAUUCGUGCAACGAUACUGCACCUGCGAGCACGAGCUGGUUACUGGUCACGACUCCGCGGUCUGUCGAUGUUUAUAGUCUGGAGCUUUGUCAGUGGCUUCUUUGUUUCCACACUGGGAACUGCGUUUGGCAGCCGACUCGGAUUUGCCUUCGCCGCCAUUCUUGUCGAGACGAUGCUGUCAACGUUGCACAUGGCCUGGAUACACAUUGUCAUCUCGGAGCCCAAUCCAAAACGAUGGUACCAACGAAUUCCAUCCGUCAAGACCUGGCCGAAGAUUGCCCCAGCUGUCGCUCUGUGGGCCACUGCCAACCAAGUGGUAGCCAUCUUACCCAGGCUGGUCUGUGGCAGCUUCGGCUCCCUCAAGCAUAUGAACAACCCAGACUAUACGCCCGACAAGAAAGAUCUCUACGCAGUGGGUGCGCAGGGCGUCAUGGGCAUGUUCCUUACCGUCCUUCUGUUCGUUCUUCUGCAGAUCCCCGCUAGCGUGACCAUGGUCAGAGUGGCUGCGUCCAUGCUGCCAGAGGAAGAUGAAACAAUUGUGCCAUUCGACAGAACAUUUGGUGGCAAGACGACGCCCACGAUCCUUGGUGGUCAGGGCAAGAUUGGUCUCGUCGAGGCAUGGAGAAGCUUUGCCUGGUCCAGCAGAGUUCGGCUGGUUAAGCUCAUGAUCAAGGUGGCGGUGAUAGUGAUGGCCUUGUGGCUUUUCUUCACCAUGAUCCUCGUUGCCGAAGCGCACUUGUUAUUCGGUGACAAGCUAGGGGAGAUGAUGAGGGCGAUACACGGAGUUGUUCGACAUCAGUAG